AUGUCAGACAAAGAUGCGGCCACUCCUCGAGUGUUUUUGAUUCGUCAUGGCGAAACGGAGUGGUCGCGAAACGGUCGAUACACUGGAGUCACAGAUAUCCCACUGCUGCCCGAAGGCGAGGCCAAAAUACAAAAGACGGCGUCAGUCGUGUUUGGCCCCGGAAGACUGAUCGACACUAGCAAGAUAGGUCAAAUAUUCUGCAGCCCUCGACUCCGAGCACGGCGAACACUGGAGAUAUUGCUAGAGCAAGUGGGAGACCCUGAGGUUCGGACGAAGUUAGAGCGCGAGAGGACGGUGACAGACGACCUGGCAGAAUGGGGCUACGGCGAUUACGAAGGACUCUACACACAAGAAAUCCGCGAGCUUAGGAAAACGCGAGGGUUGGAUCAAGAUCAGCCGUGGGAUAUCUGGAGAGACGGGACUGAGGGUGAGGGAUGUGAGUCGCCUCAACAGGUGGCAGAGCGGCUUGACCGGAUGAUCUCGAAAAUCGCCAGGCUUCAGGGAGAAGAGCUGGCAAAGCAGCAUCGGAUGGACAUAGUGGUAGUUGCACACGGGCACAUCCUGCGAGCUUUUGUCAAGAGAUGGUUAGGACUGAGUCUGGAAUCGAAAUUGGAGCUGAUGCUAGAGCCCGGAGGUGUUUGUGGGCUUAGUUAUGCUCAUGGAAGCACUGAUGCGAGGGCUGUUCUGGUGGGCAUGAGUUUUCCUGGCUUCAGGUAG